AUGUCGCCUGCAAAUCACGACCGCGACCGCGACCGCACCAUCCCCCCAGGCAUCAAGGACCAUAAGCGCCGCUCCAUCACCAACAAAAACACCGGCGAAACCGUUACCUGGUCGACGUACGGCUACGAGACCGACGGCAAAGAAGCCGCCGCCGUCCUGGUAUGCAAACCGGGCGGCGGACCCCCUCUGCAUUACCACACCACGUACGCGGAACGAUUCGAGGCCCUCGACGGGGCCGGGAUUGGCGUGCUGCUGGGCAAGGACCUCCACAGCCUGGACACCCUGCGCCUCAAGCCCGGCGAGGCUGCCGACAUUCCCGUCGGGACGAUCCAUCGGUUCUUCAACGACGGCGAUACCGACGUGACGUUCAAGGGGUUCGUGCGGCCGGCGCACGCCGGGUUCGAACGCAGCUUGUACAUCCUGUUUGGGCUGAAUAAUGACGGGUUGGCGGAUCCGGAGACCGGGAUGCCGCGGAGUUUGCUGCACACGGCGCUGAUUGGGGAGAUGAGCGAUAUGAAGUUCCCGGGCUUUCGGGGCGGAUUGAUGAACCAUGUGGGCGGUCUUUUGGCGGCGUAUGCGAGGUGGACGGGCGUGGAGGAGGAGCUGCUGAAGAAAUACUGGGAUUGA